AUGGCUGAGCUGAUCGAAAUCAUCGAGAUAACCUUUUCGCCAUGGGAACAAAAACUUUAUGCUCAAGACAACAGACAGCCUGCACUCGAGAAUCUUCUGGAAAGGACUGCUCAAUUGGGAGUCCUUCUGUUCUCCCAACCAUGCACGUUCCAAUUUGCUUGGCAAGUAAAACCCAACGCAACCACGGAUUUUGAAAUUGCAAUUUCUCCUCGUUUACUCAAGAUCAACGAUGAAGAGGCCAAUGAACUGGAACGUAGCCAGUUAAUGAUCAACAUCAAGACCUGUCGCUCAUCUUUCGUCGAAGAUCUGGUGGACAGCGACCUAACCUUCAGCGACUUGGUUUCAUAUGGUAGCCAUCUUUCGCACCCGGGUCAGGCCCAGCAUUCUGUGCAGUCUAGCGUAAUCAGACAGAUGGAAAGACACCAGACGCUUUCUGUCGACGGCGUAUACCGUGGUUCAGGGGAGUAUAUUGCAGAGACAAGCGAUCGUGGACGUAGAACAGCGCGUGAGGCACAGAUUCAACCACAUGUUCAUGAAUUAGAUUCAGGCUCUCCAGGACAUUUGGAUAUUACGAGAUGUUCUGAAGUGCUGACGCCUUCAGCUCAAGAUCGUAUGCCUCCACAGCUUCCUCCUCUGCACAACUACACUCCGUUGAACAUGUUUUCUGAGUUACCAGCAACGCCACGGGAGUUCAGCAACAGCAGUGCAAGGUUACCUGCCGUCCAAGGUUAUGGAUAUGGCCACCAGAACGUUCCACACAAAGACGCUGCGGAUGUGACGCAGCAUGUCGUACCUCACUCGAUUUCGGGACCCAUUACCACGCAUGAAGCUUUUUUACACACAAAAGAGACACGGCGUAAAGCAGCUCCUUGUCCUCCAUCGUCCAUCCAGCAAUUUUCCACGACACAGUUACCAAUGGGAAGAACGAGUUCAUCUCGUCGGCGCCGAAGUAUAAGCGCUUCCAGCGAUCAUAGAGGCCGGACCAGCGAUACUGAUUUGGAUGUCCAAUCGAGAAGAGCUUCUUUCCCUAAUGACCGAAACGCGACAGCACAUCACAUUCCCCGACAGCCUGAUACACGGGAGCUCCAGCAACCAAACAGUCGAUUAGAUGUGCGUCAGUCAGCACCUGUGAAUGCGGAGCGUGGGCGGCCAGUCGGAGACGCGCAUUCCAUACGACCUAAUGGGCCAGGACACGAAGACGACGCGACACAAAAUGGUCGAAAGGAACUCAAGAGGGCAUGA